AGACGCGCGCAGGUGCGUGAGGCCGCGCCCGCCCGGGACCCUGCAGACGUGGGCCCGCCAUGGAGCACAUCCGCACGCCCAAGGUUGAAAAUGUCCGCUUGGUAGAUCGAGUGUCUCCUAAAAAAGCAGCUCUAGGUACUUUGUAUCUGACGGCUACUCACGUCAUAUUCGUGGAAAAUUCACCUGACACAAGAAAAGAAACAUGGAUUCUUCACAGUCAGAUUUCCACCAUUGAGAAACAGGCAACAACUGCUACCGGAUGCCCUCUGCUGAUUCGCUGCAAGAACUUUCAGAUAAUACAGCUCAUCAUACCUCAGGAAAGAGAUUGCCACGACGUGUACAUCUCCCUGAUACGCCUUGCAAGGCCAGUGAAAUAUGAGGAAUUAUACUGCUUUUCAUUCAACCCCAUGCUGGAUAAAGAAGAAAGAGAGCAAGGCUGGGUGCUGAUUGAUCUUAGUGAAGAAUACAAGCGGAUGGGCCUCCCUAAUCAUUACUGGCAACUCAGCGAUGUGAAUAGAGACUACAGAGUUUGUGACUCUUAUCCUACUGAACUGUACGUUCCCAAAUCGGCCACGGCACACAUCAUAGUGGGGAGUUCCAAAUUCCGGAGCAGACGGCGAUUUCCUGUCCUUUCUUACUAUUGUAAAGAUAACCACGCCUCCAUCUGCCGGAGCAGCCAGCCCCUGUCCGGCUUCAGUGCUCGGUGCCUAGAGGACGAGCAGAUGCUCCAGGCCAUUAGGAAAGCCAAUCCAGGAAGUGACUUCGUUUAUGUCGUUGACACCCGGCCUAAACUUAAUGCAAUGGCAAAUCGCGCUGCAGGGAAAGGCUAUGAGAAUGAAGACAAUUAUUCCAAUAUCAAGUUUCAGUUUAUCGGGAUAGAGAACAUCCAUGUCAUGAGGAACAGUCUGCAGAAAAUGCUGGAAGUGUGUGAACUUAAAUCUCCCUCCAUGAGUGAUUUCCUGUGGGGUCUGGAGAACUCUGGCUGGUUAAGGCACAUUAAAGCCAUAAUGGAUGCAGGAAUCUUCAUUGCAAAGGCAGUUUCAGAGGAAGGGGCAAGUGUGCUUGUUCACUGUUCAGAUGGCUGGGACAGGACUGCUCAGGUGUGCUCGGUGGCAAGCCUGCUGCUGGAUCCGCACUACCGGACUCUGAAGGGCUUCAUGGUAUUAAUUGAAAAGGACUGGAUUUCCUUUGGUCAUAAGUUUAAUCACCGGUAUGGCAAUCUAGAUGGUGAUCCAAAAGAAAUCUCUCCAGUUAUUGACCAGUUCAUUGAGUGUGUUUGGCAGUUAAUGGAACAAUUUCCCUGUGCCUUUGAGUUCAAUGAGAGGUUUCUGAUUCACAUUCAACAUCAUAUUUAUUCCUGCCAGUUUGGAAACUUCCUAUGUAACAGCCAGAAGGAGAGACGAGAACUCAAGAUUCAAGAAAGAACAUAUUCAUUAUGGGCUCACCUGUGGAAGAAUCGGGCCGACUACCUGAAUCCUCUGUUUAGAGCUGAUCACAGCCAGACUCAGGGAACCUUUCAUCUCCCUACAGCACCAUGCAACUUCAUGUACAAGUUUUGGAGUGGAAUGUAUAACCGCUUUGAAAAAGGGAUGCAGCCCCGACAAUCAGUUACAGAUUACCUGAUGGCAGUGAAGGAGGAAACUCAGCAGCUAGAGGAAGAACUAGAGGCCCUGGAAGAAAGGCUGGAAAAAAUUCAAAAGGUCCAGUUAAAUUGCACUAAGGUGAAGAGUAAGCAAAGUGAGCCCAGCAAGCACUCAGGGUUUUCUACCUCAGACAACAGCAUAGCCAACACUCCCCAGGAUUACAGUGGGAAUAUGAAAUCAUUUCCAUCCCGGAGCCCUUCACAAGGCGAUGAAGAUUCUGCUCUGAUUCUAACCCAAGACAAUUUGAAAAGUUCAGAUCCAGAUCUGUCAGCCAACAGUGACCAAGAGUCCGGGGUGGAGGACUUGAGCUGUCGGUCUCCAAGUGGUGGUGAGCAUGCACCAAGUGAAGACAGUGGCAAGGACCGCGAUUCUGAUGAAGCCGUGUUUCUCACUGCCUGAAGUUUCCCUUUGGAGUCCCAAAGUAAAGGACACACAAGCAACACUUCCAAAAAGAAGGGAACAAGGUAGUUUAUCAUAAAAACAACAAAUGGUACAUGUCAUUGAGAACUAUUUUAAUGCAGCCAUGAAAAGGGAAAAAAGUGCCCAGUUCUUGAUUUCUUAGAUACUGAAGAAGAUGUAGUCAUUUUAUUUAUCAAAUAUAAGGAAAAUUAUUCACCAUUUUGAAGCUCAUCCUAGACUAUGAAAAUUUUAUUCACUGCAGAGCAAUUACUUCUGUCAUUACCUGAAGUGAUCAGUAUAUAUCUUCCUUGUCAUAGCAUGCAUCUCUCAAAAAGCCUCCACUCCUUUCCCUCACAUCUGUGAUCAUCAUCAAUCUUAUGAUUCACUUCCAGAUGCAUAUUUUGUGUUUUCUAAAGCAUCUGACGUUAUCUUCCUUUCUGACCCUCUUACACGUAUUUCUAAAAACAGGCACAUUGUUGAGAUGGACCCUUUUCGGUUAAUAGAUAUAUUCCUAAGGAGCUUUUAAUUGCUUAUCUUUCAGGAAUAAUCAUCACUUUAACUUUUCCUGACAUCAUAUAUUUUGAAUUGUUAGAAUAAUUGUGUUGCCUUUCUCUGAGAUCUAUAGUCUGUUUCUCCUCAUUAUUUAAAAAUGUUAAACCUUGUAUCUCACUUUUUCUCUAACACUAAUUUAAUAGCUAACAAGGUAGAAGCAGCAUUCAUUCUCUUGGUCUUGUAUAUGAAUUUAAGUAUUAGCUUUCUCAUAAUAACCUUUUAUUACUAUUGUAGAGACUACACUACCAACAGUGUGGGCCAGCCACCAGCCUGAUCUCAAAGUAUAACAUUAUAAAGUUAGUAGGAUAAAACAUAUGUGAGGGAAAAUCCAGUUUCAAAGAACCAGAGAAUUGGGUUGUCAUGUCUGUUUAAUGAAGGGAAUAGGUUUUGUAAUCUAUUAUUUUAGAAAUUACGUAACUCGCUAACAUGGUUUAAUUAACAUUAGUAACAUCUCAUGACCACUGACUGCUGAAAGUUCUGAAAAGAAUUUUUUUUUUUUGUAAAACUGCACAUUUGAGGGAGAGUUCCUCCUCUGUCCUAUGAGUAAAAAAACACUUCACUAGGCGACCUAAAUGAAACUUCGUGGGGAAAAGUGGCCAUGUUUGGACAGAAAUAAAUGGUAUUCACACUGCAUGGUUUUAAUAUAUUAGUACAUUCUAGAAUGUAAAGGAUUAAUUUAAACUUUACAAUUUACAUUAAUAUUUUGAGUAUGUGAAUUUUUUUUAUGGAAGAAUAUUACAUUUCGCUGAAAUGACGACAAAGUAAAGAGGGCAAGAAAGCAACACUGCUAAUCUCUCUAGUAUGAAAGAUUUGGAGGGAGUGCUGCAAUAUAUAUAAAUGAAAAAAUGUAAUUGUGUUCAUCAUAUUUAAAAAUAGAAUAUAUUAGAGAACUGUGAUAUAAAAGUACUGUUAAUGUAAAAAAAUAAAGCAAGUGGAAUUCUUUUAGAAUAUAAAAUUUGGGCAUUCUCUGCUGAGCAGUUCCCAAAUUAAGUACAAGGAAUGUUUAUUCAUUUUCUGCAAUAUACUGUAUGUAGUAGGGAAUACCUUGCUAAAAGGAAACUUAGGAUAUAGUGGUAAUGGCUUUCACAUUUUUAUAACAUAACUCACUUCACAACCUUCCUGGAGCUGUCCACUCUUAGAAACUCUGUUGCCUAAUAUUGAGGAUGCAGCUUUAAUUUCUUCCAUGUGGCAAUGUAUGUCUAUAAAAACAAUAAAAAAAUUUUUUAAAAA